CGACCAGUUUGACAUAUAAAUACAGCUGUAUUUGGCGCCCCAUUCAUUUCAACCGUCAGCUCAGCACUCUCAGAGCUCUGCAGAAGAGGCCUGUCGAUAGCAAAUUUCUAGGGUUUCGUUUUCGAGUAGUUUCAACUUUUCAAAUGAGAUUGCGAUCUUAGAAAACCGACUUUCAUUUGAAGAAUAAGCUCUACAACGAGAGCUAGAACGAGAAUUUGUAGUUGUUUGUUUGGCUACAUUUUUGUUCGAUUUCUAAAAUGAAUAAGCUGACGGGAUUGUCAAGCAUGAAGAGCUUGGAUCAUUUAAAAUCCUUGUCAGGAUGUGCUGCAGGAGCGACCAAAACCUACUCGAUUUCCUCGCGGCCGUCAGAAUCAAUCGCAUAUGGAAGUUUUGCUAAUUUGAAGAUUACUGCAGAGAAACUAAUUAAAGAACAAGCUUCUGCAAAAACCGAUCUCGAAUUUGCGCAUUCUAAGUUGAAGAAAUUAACCGAGCAUAUUCAUGUCUUGGAGGAGAAAUUGCAGAAUGCCUUUAAUGAGAAUGCGAAACUCAAAGUGAAGCAGAAAGAAGACGAGAAGCUUUGGAAAGGACUGGAAUCUAAAUUCACUUCAACAAAGACUUUAUGUGAUCAAUUAACUGAAACCUUACAGUGCCUUGCCAGUCAGGUUCAAGAUGCCGAGAAAGAUAAGGAAUUUUUUGAAGAUAAUCUCUCUUCCAAUGCUGCAGCCCUCGACAAUUUUCAUGAUGAGAUAAAGACGUUGUCUCUGAGAUUAGAGUCUUCAGAGGAAACAGCUAGAAACCGUGAAAAAGAGUUGAAAGAAAUCAGCAUUGAAAAGGAUGAGAAGGAGAAAUAUUUCAGAGACGAACAGGGAAAGGCAGCUAAUCUCAUGAAGGAAAAAGAUGAUACAAUCAAGAAUUUGGAGGCAACAGUAGCAGCUAAUAGGUUGGAUAUUGAGAGCUUAAACUCAAAGGGGGCAGAGUUGCUUUUUGAUUUGAGAUCAAAGGAAGAUGACCUAAAACACUUGAGAAUCUCAGAGGAGACCUUGGAGAAAGAAAAGAGUGAUCUUCUAUCUAGAAAUGAACACUUUGCUGCAAAAUUAGAAGAGGCUCUCCAAGAGAUGAAGAACCUUGGAGGUUUUGCGAACCUGAUGGCUACAAAAUUCAAUGAACUGGAUAAACAAAGUUUGACAUUUUCUGACAGUGCUGUUCAGCUAAUAUCUUUGUAUGAUUCUUAUUUUAAGUUGGUUCAGGAAGAGAAGCACCUUGCUUCUGGGUGUGCUAGGAAAAAAUAUGAUCAAUUCCACAGUCAGUUAUUGCACAUUACAUCAGAAAAAGAUGCUCUACAGUUGGUAAAUCAGGAGUUGAACAAUAAGAUUUCUGAACUUUUGAGAGUUCAAGAAACUGUAAUGGUACAGCAUGCAGAGGAAGGCCGCUUAUCAGAAGAGAGAAUACGGAGAUUGGAAUCUGACGCAGAAAGUCUUCUUUCAAAGAAAUCCGUAGUGGAAUUGUUGGUUACUAAGUUAGAGGAGAAAAUAAACACUUUAUCAGAAAGUUUAAGAUUGUCUGAGAAUAGAAUGCAAGAUUUGCUUUCAAAAAUUUCAGCAUUGGAGUCUGAGAGCAAAGAUUCUAAAGAAAAACUGCAGGAAGAGAUACAGAACAAAGCAGAAGAAGUGGAUAUUUUGCAACGGGAGAUUGAGAAGUAUAAGAAUAAUGUAGAUUUACUGGACAAGCAAGUUAGCCGGCUUCAAACAAUCGUAGAGGAGAAAGAACAGCUUAUUCUCCAAUAUAAGUACAGAGAGAUGCAGCUGCAAGAUCAUAAGGCAGAGGCAGAUGCAUUGCUGGCUGAUACUGAAGGAAAACUUGCAGAAGCAAGGAAACAAUAUGAUCUGAUGGUUGAAAGUAAACAAUUAGAAUUGUCGAGGCAUUUGAAAGAAUUGUCUCAGAAAAAUGAUCAGGCAAUUAAUGAUAUCAGGAGAAAGUUCGAGGUUGAGAAGAUGGAGAGCAUUAAUAUUGAGAAAGAAAAGGCUGAUAAUGCUGUUCAAGAAAUUGAAAGAAAAUAUGACCAAAAGCUUUCAGAAUGCAAGGAAGAAUCACGGCAGUAUCUGAUGCGCUUACAGGAGGAGCAAGCUGUUUUGGUUACUCGCAUACAGCAGGAGCAUGAUAUGAAGGAAUUAAACCUUAAAUCCAACCACAUUGAAGAGAUAAAACGUGUUCAACUUCAAUCUGAAAAUGAGUUGAGAGAGAAAAUAACGCAACUCAGGAAUGAACAUGAGGUUCAGUUAAAGGCAAUGAGGUAUCAGCAUGAAGAUGAGUGCAGGAAACUUCAAGAAGAGUUGGAAAUCCAGAAAUCCAAAGAAGACAAGCAAAGGGCAUUGCUGCAAUUGCAGUGGAGAGUAAUGAGUGACAACCCACAAGAGGACCAAGAAGUAAAUUCGAAAAAGAAUAAUUCUGCUUUAUCAACCAAGACUAGAAAUUCUGAUAGUGGCAGAAGAAGUCAGCUUGCUGUUGUUAGAGAGAAGAAUGAUGUUGAGGUGAGUUCUCCUUAUGUACGAGCAACACAGGAACCAGUGUCAAAUUUGUUGAAGAAAGUGGAAAAGGUGAACACUGGAAGCAUGAUGAGUAUUCCUAAGCAUAGUAGGAAGGUAACACACCAUGAGUAUGAAGUUGAAACAUCUAAUGGCAGGACAAUAACAAAGCGAAGAAAAACAAAAAGUACAGUUAUGUUUGGGGACCCAAGAAAACAUAAGAGAGGAACACCAAGAAUCAAUAACCCCAGAGUGUCACGCAAGGGAACGAAAGGAGGGAAUUCACAUCCUUCCAACAUAGGUGAUCUGUUCACAGAAGGAUCUCUGAAUCCAUAUGCAGAUGAUCCUUAUGCAUUUGAUUAGAGGUAGCAAAAUCCAUCUUAUUCCUCAUCCUUUUAUUUUUGGAUCAAAGCAGAUUUAUUCAUGCUGUUUCUCCUGACACUAAUAGUUAAUCUUUCUGAAAGUUGUUGCAUCCAAGUGAAUGCAUUUUUUUUUUCAGUCUCCAAUGUCCUAUCAUUGCAUGGAAGAGUCUAUUCUUGUGAUACAAAUGAAUUGAAAUUGGAUUAUCGACACUAACACUUAGAUUGAUAUGGUUAAGCGUUGAACCUAUAAGCCCCAGUCAGCUAACUAAUAUGUUGGGCAGGAACCCAUCAUGUGAACGAGACUUUCAGGUGUUUACAGGUUGAAUAUUCACUCUCAUUCUACCGCAUUUUCAUUUCUCCUUGUUUCGUCACUGCUUACUAUCUCUCUCAGGAAUUAUAAAUAGGUUCGGCAGGAACUUAGGGGCCUGUUUAGUUGUAGAAAAUAUUUGCUAAUUUUUCAACUCUAAUUUUCUAUUGAAUGAUUAAAUUUCCAAUUAGAAAACAAAAAAUUCAAUUUUCCAAUUUUUCAACUUUCUACUAUGAAUUGGAAAACAAAAAAAUAUGAUUUCUAAAUUUUCUAAAAAUGAAUACUAUAUCACUUUUUGAAACAUAAAAUGUUAAAGCAUAUUUAGUUAUAAAAUUGGAGUAAAAAACUAAAAAAAAAAAAUGUUUUCCAAAACUAAAAAUGUCUUCUAAAAUAUGAAUCAGGGUAUUGAACUGAGAAUUGGAAAGGAUCAAGGGUCAGCAAUCGAAUCAAAGUCAAGCUGGAUCUUAAAAUAAUGAAUUGAAUAAAUAGAAAAAUUCUAAAUUAGAUCUAAAAAAUUGAAAAAAAGAAGAAGAAAUUAUAAUCUGAUUGAACCAGCAGGUUCACAGUUCCAUCAACUGGCCACUUUAUUAAGUAGGUUAUCGUGUUUUACUAGUCAUGUACGUGUUUACUAUGGAGUUCAACUCGCAGCAUUUCCCCUGUAACUUUGUUCAGAUUGUUUACCCUUUAUUCUCCUUGUCAAACUUUUCCUCAGCUUUGCCAACUGAAGGAAACAAUUUUAGAAAAAGAUUGGUUUUUCACUUUGCAUCCCUUCUGGUAGGUAUCUAACCUAAGGUUUCAUAUUUCCUGAGCUUUUUGAUCAAAAUCAGUUUCUUAUUGAAUGAUUUAUUUGAUUUUUAUUUCUGCAGGAAAAUGCUUUCAUAUAUGGAUAAAACCAAUGACACGCAAGCCAUUGAGACAGACUUUUGUUCUAUUCCUUGUCUGGAAAAUUCUGUUGUUGGUGCUUCUGCUUUGCUGAUAGAACAUGGCCAUGACAUCUGUCUAAGCACGGGCUUGUAGUAGAUUCUUUUUUUGUCACUUGCAUAGUGCAACACAUACAAGUAAUUUUUUGCGUCUGUUGAUAUGCUUCUUCUCUACUAUGGCGGCACUUUUGAACUUGGAGUUUAGGUUGUUGAACUCUGACGUAGGCGGAACCAUGCAGAAUGGGAAAAUGAAGAAAAACUCGUGAAUAAAGACAUAUUCUUCGACUGUGGCAAGUAUUCUUUAAGAGCUGCGAGUUGUGAGAUUCAAGCAUAUGAUUGUUGCAGUAGCGGGGGUUUUAUUGCUAUCUGAAACAGAACACAUCUGUGGUUGGUGGAAUUGCUGUUGUUAUGACUUAUGAGAAUUGGCAUGGCUGGAGAUUACAUUAGAAGAUAAUUCUCUAUCUUUACGGUUCUGAUGCUUUAGUCAUUUUUUCUGAGAUAGUUUGCUGAAUCUGGUCGAUUAGGUUUCUAGGAAGGAAUCUAUUAGUAUGAUUAACGUAUCCUCACAGUCUAUCAG